AUGUCGCAACAUUUCUACAUUGAGAACCGCAACGUCGGCAAUCAGGCCGAAAGCGAGGAUUGGCGCAUUCGCGGCUACAACCCGCUGACCCCUCCCGACCUGCUCCAACAUGAGAUCCCCCAGACCGCUGAAUCGAAACAAACCGUCAUCAAUGGCCGCAAGGAGGUGGUUGCCGUUGUCAAUGGCACCGACGAGAAGGAGAGGCUACUAGUAGUCAUCGGUCCCUGCUCCAUCCACGAUCCCAAGGCCGCGCUCGAGUACUGCGAUUUACUGCUCAAGGAGAAGGAGAAGCACAAGGAUGAGCUGUUGAUCGUCAUGCGAUCCUACCUCGAAAAGCCCCGGACGACCGUUGGCUGGAAGGGCCUGAUCAACGACCCCGAUAUCGACAACAGCUUCCAGAUCAACAAGGGCUUGCGCCUGAGCAGACAGUUGUUCGUUGACCUCACCUCCAAGGGCAUGCCCCUCGCCAGCGAGAUGUUGGAUACCAUCAGCCCGCAAUUCCUUGCCGAUCUAUUGAGUGUCGGCGCUGUCGGUGCUCGCACCACCGAAAGCCAGCUCCACCGCGAGUUGGCCAGUGGCCUCAGUUUCCCCGUAGGCUUCAAGAACGGCACUGACGGUACCCUGGGUGUUGCCAUUGAUGCUAUUGGCGCUGUCAGACAUCCCCAUCACUUCUUGUCCGUCACCAAGCCCGGUGUCGUUGCCAUCGUCGGAACCGUUGGCAACGAGGACUGCUUCGUCAUCCUCCGUGGCGGUACCAAGGGCACCAACUACGAUGCGAAGAGCAUCGCCGAGGCCAAGGCUGCGCUGGAGAAGAGCGGCUUGCGCCAGCGCCUGAUGAUUGACUGCAGCCACGGCAACUCGAAUAAGAACCACAAGAACCAGCCCAAGGUCGCUGCCGAAAUUGCGCAACAACUUGAGAACGGCGAGACUGGUAACCAGAAGGUGCCCGAGCAAGGCAAGUGCGGCCUCAAGUACGGUGUCAGUAUCACUGAUGCUUGUAUUGGCUGGGAGGAUACUGUCGCCACUCUCGACACGCUUGCGCAGGCCGUCAAAAAGAGGAGAGAAGUCCUGAGCAAGAACGCCACUGCCUAA